AUGUCUCUCGUCAUCCCUAUAGUUUCCGUGCCGGUUGUUGAAGAUGUAUGCCUUGAAGACUCUCAAGGAUCUGUUUCCGUGACAUGGGAUGAAAUCACUUCCGCCGAAGGCCCUCCUGAAAACAUCACUUGUACAGACUCUGUGGGAGGACAGGCAGUGUUUCCAACUGGAGGUUCAUUUGGAGAAGGAAAUCACACAGUGACCUGCGUACUUAUUCUACCGUGUGGAUGCAUAAAAGUCGUAGAGAUCACUUUCUAUGUCUGGGUCAUCCCUAUAGUUUCCGUGCCGGUUGUUGAAGAUGCAUGCCUUGAAGACUCUCAAGGAUCUGUUUCCGUGACAUGGGAUGAAAUCACUUCCGCCGAAGGCCCUCCUGAAAACAUCACUUGUACAGACUCUGUGGGAGGACAGGCAGUGUCUCCAACUGGAGGUUCAUUUGGAGAAGGAAAUCACACAGUGACCUGCGUACUUAUUCUACCGUGUGGAUGCAUAAAAGUCGUAGAGAUCACUUUCUAUGUCUGGGAACUACCCACAGUUAUCGUUCCGGUAGUUGAAGAUCAAUGCAUCGCAGAAUCUCAAGGAUCUGUGUCUGUGACAUGGGAUGAAAUCACCGUUGUAGGCGCUUCACAUUUAAACAUCACUUGUACAGACUCUGUGGGAGGACAGGAAGUGUCUUCGACCGGGGGUUCAUUUGGAGUAGAAUGUCAUACAGUGACCUGCAUCGUUAUUCUACCAUGUGGAUGCGUAAAAGAAGUGACUUUUACCUUUUAUAUCUGGGCGAUACCAAGAUUUGAUGUGCCGAAUGUUGAUGAUCUGUACAUUGCACAUGGCCAAGCAUCAGUUCCUGUGACAUGGGAUAAAGUAAACGCAACCAGCACAGAUGGUCAAGCAAUCACUUGUACGGAUGAUGCAGGGGGAACCAGUGUGACAGUCACAGGAGGAGACUUUCCAGCAGGGUCUCAUAAUGUAACCUGCACUGUGACCAAUGAUGGAAAUUGCACGGCAUUGGCAUAUUUCGCAUUUGAUGUACUAGAUGCACCUACCACUGCAGCACCAACCACCACUUCAAUCACAACCACCUACCAAUGUGAACCAACCACCGCUCCAGAACCAACUGCCACUCCAGAACCAACCACCACUACAGAACCAACCAUCACUCCAGAACUAACCACCACUAAAGAACCAAAUACCACUCAAGAACCAACUACCACUCCAGAACCAACACUUACUCCAGAGCCAACUACCACUCCAAAACCAACCACCACUCCAGAACUAACCACCACUACUGUGACUACCAAGCCAACCACCACAGUGACUACAGAACCAACCCCCACAGUGACUACCCAACCUACCACAACAGUGACUACAGAGCCAACCACCACAGUGACUACAGUACCAACCACCACAGUAACUACACAACCUACCACCACAGUGAAUACUGAACCUACCACCACGGUGUCUACAGGACCAACCACCACAGUGACUACACAACCUACCACCACAGUGACAACCAAGCCAACCACCACAGUGACUACCCAACCUACCACAACAGUGACCACAGAGCCAACCACCACAGUGACUACACCUACCACCACAGUGACUACCGAGCCAACUACCACAGUGACUACACAACCUACCACCACAGUGACUACCGAGCCAACCACCACAGUGACUACAGAACCAACCACCGCGGUGACCACAGGAACAACUACCUGCCAAUGCGAUGGAGAACCGCCAGUUGUCACUGUUCCUACUGUUGAAGAUCAAUGCAUUUAUGAAUCUCAAGCUCCUGUUUCUGUCACAUGGGACAAAGUCACUGCCACAAACAUUGCUGCUGAAAACAUCAGUUGUUCAGACUCUGUUGGAGCAAACGUAGUGUCUCUGACAGGAGGCUUAUUUGGGGUAGAAUGUCACACAGUCACCUGCGUUUUUACUCUCCCGUGUGGAUGCAAAAUAGAAGAAUCAUUCUAUUUCUCCAUUGAAGCAAUACCUGUAUUCACCGUGCCGGCUGUUGAUGAUCAGUACAUUGCACCUGGGCAAGCAUCAAUUCCAGUGCAAUGGGAUGAAGUGAACGCAACCAACUCAGAUGGUCAUGCAAUAACGUGUACAGAUGAUGCAGGGGGAACCAAUGUGACAGUCACAGCUGGAGACUUUCCAGCAGGGUCUCAUAAUGUCAACUGCACUGUGACCAAUGAUGUGACUACAGAACCUACAUCCUCAGUGUCUACAGAACCUACCACCUCUGUGUCUACAGAACCAACCACCUCGGUGUCUACAGAACCAACCACCACAGAGACUACAGAACCAACCACCACAGUGACCAGAGAACCUACCACCACAGUGACUUCAGAAACUACCACCACAGUGACUACCGAGCCUACCACCACAGUGACUACCAAGCCUACCACCACAGUGACUUCCGAACCAACCACCACAGUGGCUACACAACCUACCACCACAGUGACUACAGAGCCAACCACCACAAUGACUACAGAACCAACCACCACAGUGACUACCGGGCCAACCACCACAGUGCCUACACAACCUACCACCACAGUGAUUACAGAGCCAACCACCACAGCUCCACCGCCAACUGUGAACGUGCCGACUGUUGGUCUGCAGUGUCUAGCUGUUGAUGCAACCACACUUUCAGUGACUUGGACUACUGUAACCGCGAUCAAUGCUGAGGGUGGAAACAUCAAUUGUACUGAUUCUGGAGACGGAACUGGAGUGACGACCUCUGAUGGCACCUUUGGAGCAGGAUCACACACAAUCACGUGUAGUGUAACUCUUUCUGAGGGUUGCUAUGGCUCCAAUAGCUUUACCUUUCUCGUAUCAGCGACACCAAUUGUGCAUGUGCCAACAGUGGGUUCGAAGUGUGCAGAUGUUGGUGCAUCUACAGCCUCUGUAACCUGGCCAGCCGUAACUGCCACCAAUGCUGCGGGAGGGAGCAUCUCUUGCAGUGAUUCUGGAGAUGGGGCCGGUGUGACAACCACUGGUGGAACCUUUGGAGUAGGAUCGCAUACAGUCACGUGCAUUGUAACUAAUUCUGGCAACUGCACAGGCUCCAGUAGUUUCACGUUUGUUGUUGCAGCUUCUCCAUCUGUGACUGUGCCCAGCGUGGGUCCGCAAUGUACCGAUGAAGGCUAUGCUACAGUAACUGUGCCUUGGGCCGCUGUGACUGCCACCAAUGCUGCGGGUGCAAACAUCACAUGUACAGAUUCUGGAGGUGGAACUGGAGUGACGACCUCUGGUGGAACCUUUGGAUUAGGAUCGCAUAAAAUCACGUGCAGCGUUACCAAUUCCAAUGGAUGCCCAGGCUCAAAAAGCUUCACAUUUGUUGUAUCAGCUUCACCAUCAAUUUCAGUGCCCGUGGUCCCUGUUAGUUGCACCAGUCCAAAUCAGGUGACAUCUACAGUGUCAUGGAGUCCAGUAACUGGCACCAACACAAACGGUCAAGCCAUUCAGUGUACAUCCAGUGCAUUGCCCGUGUUUCUGGUUGGAGGUAACUUCCCGGUAGGAAGUCACACCAUAACCUGCACAGUGACCAAUAGCGGUGGUUGCAUGGCAUCAAAAGGCUUCGCAGUUGUUGUUGUAGAAUCUCCGUCGCUAGCAGUACCAGACGUUGCCGACCAAUGCACUGAUUUCAGUGUGGCUACUGCCACUUUAAGCUGGCCUGCAGUAUAUGGCACCAACCUGGGUGGACAAGCCAUCUCAUGCAGUGAAGGAGGAAUCGACGUGCCUCUCAGUGGCGGUAUCGCAUUUGCUGUGGGCGCUCACACCGUGAUCUGUCAGGUCACCAAUAAUGGUUGUUCCGUUUCGCAAAGCUUCUCGUUCACUGUCCGACAAUCACCGAUUCUUAACCUGCCAAUUGUCGACAAUCGUUGUGCAGUCUCGUGGUGGGUGUAUGCCCAGGUGUCAUGGCCCCGAGUGACCGCCACGCACAGCGACAACAACCAAAUCGUCUGUAUAGCGUGGGGAAUCUCCAUGCCGCUCACAGGGGGUUGGUGGUACUUGCAGGACUAUACACACGUCCACACCUGCGCUGUCACCAAUAAUGCUGGUUGCACAGCAGUGGGAGCCUUUGAUUUCUAUGUUUUUGCAAAGCCCCGCAUAACGGUGCCAUUGGUUACUAACCAGUGUACACUGCCUGGACACAAUGAUGUCGUAGUUUCGUGGCCUGCAGUGACUGGCAGAUACUUGGAUGACCAAUCCAUCAGUUGUACCGAUCAGAACGGAAAUGGUGUGCCUCUCAGCGGAGGCAUCUCGUUUGGUGUUGGAUCUCACACAGUGACCUGCGGUGUUACGGUUGAAAUCUGCAGCACAUCAGAGAGCUUCUCGUUCAGUGUCUAUGAGGGCAAUUAUGUUCCUUUUGGAACCGCAGUCGGAGAUAGGCGUCUUUCACAAGAACAACAACCACGAUCACUAUCAUCUAACAAAGAUUUGAUCUCACGAACCAUCAGCCCACCAAAUUUCUUUCCCUACUGCAAUGAGCUGCAUGAACAAAUCUAUUUCACAGAUAACGGUGUCAUUGUAUUCUCCAAUGCCCAAAGUCUGUACAAACGAGGUUACCCAGGUACCACCAAAACUUUCUUCAGAGGCCCAACAAAAAUGAUAGCUCCUUUUUGGGCAGACGUCAACAGUAGAAGAUUUUCUCAGACAAAGAAUGUCUUCUUCCAGGUAUAUGUUGGCAGUGGCUCAACCAUGUUAUCUACCUUGAGUAGCAUCGUGUCUGCCCGGUAUGGCAGCUUCACUGCAGCCUGGGCUCUUGUCAUCACAUGGCGCUAUGUAGAAGCCCUCUCACCCGACAAAAGUCGAAGGGAAGGAGGUAGCCAGUCGCUGCACCAGGCUAAGCACGACAAACAGUAG